CAACUGCCAACGCAAGUGUGUGGGUCUGAGAGCAAAAGAGAGCCGGAAGUGCAGCUCGCCCGCCGGCCGACCGGACGGGGGUGUGGCCUGAGGAGCCGGAGGGUGCUGUGAUUGGCUCUUGGCUGUGGCGACGGCGACGAUUGGCUCCCGGCCGAGGUACUCAGGGAACGGCCGUUAGAAUUCAAAAGUGGCGGGUGUGUGGCCACCUUGGUGGUUGUCAGCCGGGAGCUACUCGCGCUAGGCGUCGCGAGCCGGCAAGAGGACGCGGGUCCCGUGACCCCCAGAUCCCCAUCGUCUUCCCCGGAGUGUGAGGGACACAGCCGGACAUGGAGCCGCAGGAGUAUGGACCAAAAUUCUUUUGGGGUGCUGUGGUGAGACAGUCACUAUGGAGUAAGUGAAUGAUAAGACUAUUAGAAGAUGAGGUCCCCUUUGUCAGAAGUGAAGGGGAAUGUAGAGCUGAAGAAACCCCUGGUCAAGGCCCCUACCCGGCUGCCUCUCUCACAAAGAAGACUUAAAAGGAGGCCUGACCAGAUGGAGGAUACCUUAGAACCUCAGAAGAAAAGAAUACGAGGCCUAAGCACAGUGACAAAAAUUGCCCCUUCCCGCCCAGUAACAUCUGCUCUUAACACAGUACCACAGACACAAGGCCAGACCACAGCUCCAAAAGUUACCAAGAAGACAGGACCCCGAUGUUCCACAACUAUUACCACAGUGUUGAAGAAUCAGAAGCCAGGCCCUGCUGUUCCUACCCAGAAGCCUGGUGCAGCCACUGCUCCUGUGCUGGGAGUAAAAAGACCCAGCAAACGUCCAGCCUGGGACUUAAAGGGUCAGUUAGUUGACCUAAAUGCAGAACUCAGGUGCUACCAUGAGAAGACUCAGACACUGGAUCAGGAGAACCAACAGCUUCGGGAGCAGCUUAAAGAGACCCAACAACAGGCCACAGCUCUGGGGUCAAAGCACAGGACACUGGAAGAGGAGCUUACCAGACUUCGAGUUCAGACUGAGCAUGGCCAACAAGAGUUGGGGAAUCUGAAAGCCCAUGUCCUGGAGCUGGAAGAGCAGCUGGGCUUAAAGGAGGGAUUGGUGCAAGAACUUCAGAAAGAACAGUUGGAAUUGCAGGAAGAACGGAGGAGACUGGCUACUCGACUAGAGGAUCAGGAGAGGAGACUGCAGGCAUCAGAAGCAGCUCUGUCGUGCAGCCAAGUAGAGGUGGCAUCUCUGCGGCAAGAAACUGCAGCCCAGGCAGCCUUACUGACGGAGCGGGGAGAACGUCUCCAUGGGCUAGAGAUGGAACGCCGGCGACUUCACAACCAGCUACAAGAACUCAAAGGCAAUAUCCGUGUAUUCUGCCGAGUCCGCCCAGUUCUCCCAGGGGAGCCUACCCCACUGUCUGGCUUCCUCCAGUUUCCCUCUGGCCCUAAUGGGCCCUCUAACCCUCCAACUCGCCUCAGCCUCUCCUGGUCUGAUGAGCGCCGUUCAACCUUAAGUGGUGCACCAGCCCCCACUACCCGCCAUGACUUCUCCUUUGACCGAGUGUUCCCACCAGGCAGUAGACAAGAAGAAGUAUUUGAGGAGAUUUCUAUGCUUGUCCAGUCAGCCCUGGAUGGCUACCCAGUCUGCAUCUUUGCCUAUGGUCAGACAGGCAGUGGCAAGACCUUCACAAUGGAGGGUGGACUUGAGGGGGACCCCCAGACAGAGGGGCUGAUCCCUCGGGCCCUGAGGCACCUCUUCUCAGUAGCACAGGAGAUGAGUGUCCAGGGCUGGACCUAUAAUUUUGUGGCAAGCUAUGUAGAGAUCUACAAUGAGACUGUCCGAGACCUGCUGGCCACCAGGACCCGGAAGGGUCAGGGUGGUGAGUGUGAGAUUCGCCGGGCAGGGCCAGGGAGUAAGGAGCUUACUGUCACCAAUGCCAGAUAUGUUCCUGUCUCCUGUGAAAAAGAGGUGGAAGCCCUGCUUCAUCUGGCCCACCAGAACCGGGCUGUGGCCCGGACAGCACACAAUGAACGGUCCUCACGCAGCCACAGUGUAUUCCAGCUGCAGAUCUAUGGGGAGCACACUGGACGAGGCCUGCAGUGCAUGGCCCCCCUAAGUCUUGUGGACCUAGCUGGGAGUGAGCGGCUAGACCCUGGCUUAGCCCUUGGCCAGGAGGAGCAGAAACGCCUUCGGGAAACACAGGCCAUUAAUAGUAGUUUGUCCACACUGGGGCUGGUCAUCAUGGCCUUAAGCAACAAGGAGUCCCAUGUGCCUUAUCGGAACAGCAAGCUCACCUAUCUGCUGCAGAACUCUCUGGGUGGCAGCGCUAAAAUGCUUAUGUUUGUGAACAUUUCCCCAUUAGAAGAGAACUUCUCUGAGUCCCUUAACUCUCUACGCUUUGCCUCCAAGGUGAACCAGUGUGUUAUUGGUACUGCCCAGGCCAACAGAAAAUGAAGAUAUCCAGAUCCUCGGGUGGGGUUGAGGAGGGGUUGGGGAGCUUAGGGAGGCGGGUGGACAGGGGCUGUUAGCUGGGCUUAUCAAAUAGUUUGUUUUUUUUAAGAUUUAAAGUUUUUUUUUUUUUUUAAAUAAAGAUUAUGUGAUCAGUUGCCUGAGUAGAGAAACUUUUUCAUAUCUAUGUAACGGUGGGAACUGUACCGAUGAUCACGUUUUAGCUGGGCGAG